AUGGCCUCCGUGUCAGGCACUUUUGUGGGUCGAAGCAUACCAGUCGAAGUGGAUGAAUCCAUGCCGUGGUCCCCAUUUCCCGAACAUGUCUUAGAAAAUGCUUUACAGCCUUCUGGAGAGGAUAUGGGGGAUGAGGAGUCCCAGAGACCGUGUGUCGCUCGAACACCUCAGCCUGUGGCAGAUCCCUCAUGCCUCUGCAGAGCACCAGCACAUCAUCAGUCAGCACCAUCCAUGGAGCCGGACAGCAGCUUGUGGUCAAAAUAUACCAAUCCUGAUGGCAACGGACGCUUCUGUUCCCCUGGUGAAUCAAUAGCUGGAAUAUUUCCCUCCAAGAUGCAUCUUGCAGCUAUGGACAAACCAGGCAUGCAGCCAAGAUCACAGCUUUCAGCUGACACUGGGCAUAACUCCAGUAAACCAGAGCAGAGCUUGCCUAAUGCUCCUGAGGACCCACUGGAGGAGGGCAGCCAAGGGAGUUCACAGUCACGGCAACCCUCAGGAAACAGACCCCCAGCAGAGGUGGGGACUGUGGACACAGGGUACAACUCCCAGUCACGAGACGUCAUGGGCAUCAGGCACCUGGAGCCCCCCUUACCGCUGGUGUCUGUGCUGAAUCCCCAGGACCUCCCAGGACCACUGAUCUCCAGAGAGUUUUUUGGACCUGAGGAUCAGCAGUGCCCUAUGUGCCAGCACUUGCCCCAUCCCAACGCCUCCUCGCAAGCACACGGCUGCUUUGGGCACCGCUGCCCAGCAGAGCAGCAACCCCAAGGCCCAUAUGGCAGAGCUCCUUACCAGCAUUUUGCACAUACAUCGCAACCGCUUCCUCCUGUUCCUGGACCUUGCAUGAGAGUUAUCCAUCUGGCCCAGCAAGUCAUCCCAAAUUACUCAAACCUUCGUGCUCCCAAGGGCACCGGAGACCGACCACCCCAGAGGACAUGCUCCUCCCCUGGUCCUCCUCGAUUCCCAAACCAGUUAUACAACCAGCUACCUAAUGGUCAGCUGCCCCCCAAGGCAUGUGGCCCGGAUGAAGCUUGCUGUUGUCCUUCUGACAAUUUUCCAUCUCCAGCUGCUGUCCCGAGACCUCUCAGUAACCCUGCGGCCAAGGGAACUCUGAGAACCAGCAAUCUGCCGGAGGAGUUGCGCAAGGUCUUUAUAACCUAUUCAGUGGACACAGCAGUGGAGGUUAUGAAAUUUGUGAACUUCCUGCUUGUAAAUGGAUUUCAGACUGCUAUUGAUAUAUUUGAGGACACAGUACGAGGUAUUGACAUCAUUAAGUGGAUGGAGCGCUACCUAGGUGAUAAGACGGUGAUGAUAAUCAUAGCAAUCAGUCCAAAAUACAAACAGGAUGUGGAAGGGGCUGAAUCCCAGCUGGACAGGGAUGAACACGGCUUACAUACUAAGUACAUCCACAGGAUGAUGCAGAUUGAGUUUAUACAACAAGGAAGUAUGAACUUCAGAUUCAUCCCUGUGCUUUUUCCAAAUGCCAAAAAGGAACACGUGCCUACCUGGCUUCAGAACACUCACAUCUAUAACUGGCCGAAGAAUAAGAAGAACAUCCUUUUGCGGUUACUGAGGGAGGAGGAAUACGUUGCUCCUCCAAUAGGACCUUUACCAACACUCCAGGUUGUGCCGUUAUGAACGUUAUUACUUAAAGUGCACGACAAGCAGUUGUUAAAGGGUUGUUCUUGGCAGGGAGCCAAUGCUCUUCCAGAUGGCUCUUUUUGCUGACAGAAGACACUCUUUCUGCUAAGGGAAUUAGUUGUCUUGGGUAACUCAGGCUCGGCUUGUUCUCUACCAUGUUAAACAUCUAUUUCUGAAACUGAUGGGGCAGAACUCUUUUCUCUAGGUUUUUAAAUAAGCUGCAAAUGGAAAGAAUGCCCAGUUUUGUUUUAACAUCUGUUUUUAACAUAUUCCUUUAUUAAUCGAUAUAGCAAACAAAUACCAGAAAUAAUGUC